UUCUUCACUUAUUUCAGAAAUAGAUGUGCUGCCAAAACUACUGAUCCCUCGGGAAAAACUAAGGUGCUAAGUAGAUCCUCUGAAGAAAGGUCAGAUGAUAUUUCAUUUGAUAAUCAAUCUAAAGCGACUUCAAGCAUUUCAUCAAAUAGUAGGAGUGAUUUAUCAACUAUUGAUGAAACUUGUGAAAUUUUUCGUAGGAUGCAAUCUUCUGUUUAGUAUUGUUGAAUCAAUUCCGUUUAAAGAGUUUGUUAAGUCGUUAAAUCCGAACUAUCAUCUGCCAUGCAGAAAAACUCUCUCCAAUACGUUGUUAAAUAAAUUACAUAGCAAAAUUUCAAGUGAACACACAAAAAUUAAUCAGUCAGAAGGAGUAAUAGUGAUAGAUGAUUGGAAAAAUUCGGUUGCAAAUACUAAAAAUGUUGUAUGUAUUAUUCAUACAGCAAAUGAACCAAGUUUUUUUUUAAACUCUUGGGAUUUCACAUUGUUAUCUGAAGAUACACAACAAUUAACUAAAGUUAUUGAAGAAGCUGUAGAAAUAGCCAAAACAAAUUAUAAUAAAACCAUUUAUGCCGUAGUUUCUGAUAACGCUCCAGUUAUGACAGCAAUGGGUAAAGCUGUAAAUUUAUGGCAUGCAGGAUGCAGCAGUCAUCAUGGAAAUUUACUUGCCAAGGACCUUAUUGAUAAAUCAUUUGCAGAAUCUAUAAAUACCAUUUUACGUACAUUCAAAGCUUCUAAUUUAGAACGAGAGAUAAUAGAAAACGGAGGAACAAAAAUUAAAAUGGCUUGCAAAACUCGUUGGUGCAGUUAUCGUGAUGCGUUUCGGUGUUGCUUAAAAAAUUAG